GAAAAGAUAUUGCUUGUCAGUGUGAUUAGGGGGAAAAAAAUAGAAGAGUAGGACAGACACAGGAAUUUGUGAAAAUUUGACCAUUUACCUGCCUGCCCAUUCCAGACGGCAUUGACUAACAGAAUUUACCUCAUAGUUUCUUUCGACUUUGUCUUCUCACCUACAAAGUUUGAGACCUUAAAACCCACUUAACACGGACUCACAGAUCACUUCCUCUCACAGAUCCCUCUCUCUAAACCAUGCUAGAUCACCAGAUUCAACUUUCUUCUUUCAUUCCAACCUACCAAAGACAUAAUAGCCCCUAUGAUAGUACAGCAGAUACAGAAUUUGAUUUCUGGGCUUCUUGUAGAUCCCAAUCUUAUUAUGGCAAAAUCAAUCAUAUAGGUGGCAGUGAUGCAGAACUUGAGGUUGAACCACAUGCGUCAAGAAGUAUUGAGUAUGAACCUUCCUCUCCUUUACUUCCCAGGAAUCAUCACUUCAGCAGUAUCUCCCCUAAGUCACGAAUGCGUGCUCUUGCAGAAGGAAGGAAGGAGCUGAUGGAGAUGAUUGCAAAUAUGCCAGAGUCGAGUUAUGAACUAUCUUUGAAGGACAUAGUUGUUGACCAGCAGCAUAUCAUGCAGGAGGUCCAAGAAGAUAUACAAGAAGAGACAAGUUUCCAUUUUGAAACUGAGGCUCAACUAAAAAAAGAAGAGUAAGAGUAAGAAAAUGAGUAACUCCGGUCGGAUUUCAAGGACUGGGAGCAUGGAAAAAGAAACUUUCUUGAUCAAGAUGUUCUUCCCUAGUUCAUUAGAAACAAAGAAAACAGGAAGAGGAAAAAAAGGUCGAAAGAAAGCCGUGGAACCAUCCAUUGAAGGUCGAAAGGGUUUUUGAUGCUGAAGAGAGUAAAAUCAAUGGAAGAAAUAGCAGCAGUAACAGCAGCACAAGCAGGCAUGAUGCGGGUGCUGAUGACAAGUUCUUGCCUGGAUGCUGGCCCUUUUACCACGCAAAGAAAAGCAAGAGCAGGAGAUGCACAGAAUGCAUCUUCUAGGAAAGUGCAGUCCAGCUCUCAGAGCAUUUGUGUCAUUAGCCUUGGCCAGUGUAUAGAAACAAGGUGCAGUUAGAUCAAACCAGUCCUCUGUAAUCUAAAUGAAAUACGAAGCCUAGCUAUCAUGAAUUCAUCUGUAAAUUGUGGAAUGUAACAAUUCAACCUUAAAUAAAAAUGAUACAAUCAACUCAACCA